CCGAACGGACGUAUAAAAUUCUAAGCGCUAUCCUCGUCGCGUAAUAAAAUAAUGUUCGUACAGUUAUCGUGUAACUAAAAAAAUAAAACUAAAAAUUGAUUGAUUUGUUGUGUAAAAGUGACAGUUUUAACAACAAGAUUUAGACAGAGCUUCUCAAUCAUCUGAUAUCGUCUUAGAAAAAAGGUACAGUGAGCAGUGAAAGUGAGUCAGUGAUGAGUGCCAAGUGAGUGUGUCAGUGAGUGAUGGAGGCUACUCCGCUGCCGCUGGAGGUGGACGAGGAGGGCCGUCCUCCGCAGGGCUCCUCCACUGGAAGUGGCUCAUCUUCUGGAACUGGAUACUAUGCUCAUAAGAACGGUGAAUGGCGAGGAGAAAGAAGGAUGCUGGACAUCACUAGAGAUAAGCCGGUCAAAGUGUGCGUCCGAGUUGUGGUGCCCGUCCGGGAUCAUCCAAAAUUCAAUUUCGUGGGCAAGCUGCUAGGACCAAAAGGCAACUCCUUGAAGAGGUUACAAGAAGACACCAUGUGCAAGAUGGCCGUCUUAGGACGAGGGUCCAUGAAAGAUCGACAGAAGGAGGAAGAGCUCCGUGUGUCCGGAGACCCGAAGUUCGCGCAUCUGUCAGAUGAACUGCACGUGGAGAUCAGCGCGUUCGCGACGCCCGCUGAGGCGCACGCGCGGAUCGCGUACGCACUUGCUGAACUCAGGCGGUUUCUAGUACCGGACUACAACGAUGACAUCAGACAGGAACAAAUGUUGGAGAUGCAGAUCCUGUCCUCUCAGAGCGAGCAGCGUCGACUCACUCCUCCCGAGUCCUCCCGGAGCGGCAGCGAGGAGGCUCUCCCUCUUAGAGAUACUACGCAUAAACAGAGAUUGUCAGGCGUCCCACCAUCACCAGCCCCCGCCUCCCUGCCGGGUGGUAUCGCCAUCAACCACGGCGCGAAUGCUCGGGACUUCUCCCCGCCGGCGCCCACUCCGGCACCGGAUCAUCUUUCUGCUGCUCAUCAUCAGCUGGCGGCUGGUCACACGGGUCACGGAGUCCUGGUCGGAGGGGGGGUGCUGCAACAACCCCCCACUCACCACCUGCUCACACAGAACUCUAUACUCGGUGGCGGUGAUAUCUUGGGGCUGAGCAGCCCAGUGCUGGGCGGUGUGCUCCAUGCUCACCCAGCUCUGAGGGGGGUGAAGCCUGCUGCAGUCCACGCUCUCGCCACGCAAGGUGCGGCUGGGCCGGGGGCUGCGAGUACGGCCCGCAAGCGGCCCCUGCUGGGAGGCACCCGGGCCGCAAUGUCGCCGACUAAACGCGCCGUGAUGACCCUGUUAGCGCGCGCUAGGGCCGCCACACACAAACAUGCGCCUGCGUGGCCCGCGCCCCACGAACCGCAGCUGACAUACUACUCAGCGUAUCCCAGUCCACUGGUGGACAUGAGCCUCUUCCAAAAAGGGAUAUAAAGCACACAACCCUACUACCAAUUAUAAGGGACGAGUUCGUCACAGGCGUUGGUCUCAAUAUCAACCUAGCAUAAUUGUACCUAGUCAAAUGAUACCCUAGGCUCUACUCUAGUCGAAUCAAUAAAUCGAAUUAAUUUUAAGAUAAAUAAUUUAUUCGUACCUGCUUUGUGACAAAUAUGUAUAUUGUUUUGUUUAUAAAUAUAUAUUAUGUAUAAAGUGUUCUUACAGAUUAAAUGUGUUAUGGUAUUAAGAUGAUUCCUGUCGAGUGUCAAAUUUUAUAAGGAUUUGUUUGAAAAUUUACUUUUUGCUAUCAUUUGGGCCUAAUAGAUAAUAGCUGAUUUAUUAUCGUGGAAUAACAUUUCAGAAAGAAUUCAAAUCUUUUUAAUAUUUGAUUUUAGAAAGACUUUCUUUUCUUUCUCUAUUUAUGUAGGUAUUUAAAAUGUUGACACUCGACUUACAUAUUUUUCGCUCACUGUGCAAGAUAAAAGGGUGUGAUUAUUUUCCUAGAUUAUAAAUAAAAUUAAAUAAACUCAGUCAAAGUCGGAAUAAAUGUUCUAUUUAUAAAGUUAAAUUACGUUCAAAUAAAUAUACCGAUUUGAUUACUAACAGAGUGAUGACGAACUUCGAUGACGAAUUCUGACUAAUGACUGUUCGUCAUGAAUAUUAUAUGCAAUGUUAGGUUUUGUUUUUAAUAUAUAAUAAUUAUAGUUAUUAAAUAAAGAUAUUAUAAAUAUUAUUUUAGAAAAAUAUGGUGUUCUAUGAGAAGAAGGAUAAUUAAUAUAAGUCUUAAAUAACAACGGAAUUGCAAGAAAAAAUAUGGGUUCAGUAAGAUAAUCAGCCAAUAAGAGUUACAAUCACAGAACUUUGGCAUGACCCCGAAAUCAAAAAUACCUCAAAAUAUGAGGCAUAUUUUGUAUCCUUCCUUAAAAAAAAUACACGCGAUUUUUUCAUUCCCGAUGAUUUAUUGAAAAUGAUUGAAAAACUUACACUGUACCUCUCUUUCAGUCGCAGUCGGUCAAAUCCUUUCUAUUACGCUACAACGUAUCAAGAUACGUCACAGAGUCUUAAAGGUGCGUUUUCAAAGCAAGCUGCCGACUGCAAUCGCACUUGCAGUGAUUGCAUGAAAUCGGUCAAUAUCUGAGGGCGACUGCACGUGCUGCUGCCGCUUCAAUCCAAAACGGUUUCAUGUAAAUACAAAACAGUCGAGCGGCUGCGGCCGAUUUAUUGCAGUCGCGGCAUGUGCGGUCAGCAGUGCAGUUGCAGUCGGCAGCUAGCAUUCAAAAUGUACCCUUAGUCGUUUUAAGUUUGGCAACGCAGUAUCCCUUUUUGGAAUUUAAUUGUCUACUGCGCAGCUAAUCUAACUAACUUCCGAUUGCCUAUCGGCCGUUUAUACAUUCAGAUAAAAAACGGAAUAUAAUAGCGUUUUCUGAUCAUUAUAUUCUAUUUUUGAAAAACCCCAUAAAGUAGGGCUUUUAGAUAUUAAUUAACGGACCACUGUGUAUUUAAAUCCUAUGCCUUGUAGGGGAGUAUUGUACAUAGAGAAUAUAUCACUAUACUAUAUAGGUUUAAGCUAAAUUCUAGCAGACGACGAUUUAAUUAUAUUUCAGAUAUAUAAAACUUUAAAAAAUAUAUAUACAUGACGGUUUUUAUUUCGAUUACAAUCUGUCAAUGCGUACAAUCCAUCAAUAUAAUUUAAAAUUGUUCCCGCUCAAAACAUAUAAAUAUGUUUUAUUAGUACCUACACAGUUAAAAGUUCAAUAUGGUACGUACCUACUAAUACACACUAAUACACAGUAUUUUAUUUCCACGAAAAUUACACAGUGUCACAACAAAUUAAAAGUUGGAAUUUUCACUUCAUUUUAAGGCCAUAAUUAAAAAUAAAUUGAACUAAAUGAACGAAUGAACCAAAUGAGCCACUCAGUGCGAUCAAUUAUCAGUUUCCAUAAUAAUAAUUGUAAAAGAGAAAAUUUAUUAAAAUGUCAAUUUGCAUUCCAUUUUUUUUGUAAUUGAUCACAGCCAGUUUUAAUUUUUAAAUUAUAAUCACAUUUACCAGAAUGAGAAGUAUAACUUUUUUUGUAUAAUUAGAAUAUGGCAGAUUGUAAUUUUAUAUAAAACCGUUGAAUAAUCAUAAUAUUUUAUAUUAAUAGUUUAAUAAUUAAUAUCACAAUAUGGUAAUAGACAAAAACUGAUUCAUAGCACACUGCACCUCAUUUGAAUAUUCUAAUUUAUCGAAUUACAGUAUUAAAAAUAAAAAUAUAUCUGGCACACAGAUUGUUAAGCACACAUUUUUACCAAUAGCAAGUUCGAAAUUUUAAUAAAAAAACAUUAAAAAAUUAAUGUUUUAAGAUUUAAAGUUUCAUGUCAUCAUAACUUCAAAAGACAUGUAGUGGGUUUAAAAAAAAUAAAUUUAAAUCGUAGAAAAUAAUCUUAACGUUAUAAUGUAAUUACUAAAUUAUGUAAAUAAUUAUAGAAAAUUAAAUAACGAUCGAUAAUGGCGACGUCCACGUUCAGUUCAAAUUGUAACGAUAAAAAUAAGUUGCGAAAUUAAAUAUUUGAAAAUGGCGGAUAACACAAAAUGACUUUACCAAACAAUACAUACUUUUGAUUUAUAUCAUAUCAUUAUUCACACUUAUAAUUUAUUUUAUAAUUAUAUUUAAAUUAUAAAAAAAUAAUUUUGUCAAAACAAAAUACACUUGUCAUUUUCAAAUAUUUGUAAGUAAAAUUAAUAUUUAAAUGAGUGUCAAAUAAUUUUAAACUUAACGUAUCUAAGAUUAAAUUCUAAGUAUAAAUAAUUAAAUAAUAAUAAAAUAUUAAUAUAAAUAAAUGUAAAUAAGUACAUAUAAUGUUUAAUCGCUUAUAAAUCUCGUCUGUGUUUUGUGAUAUAAUAGGUAGUUAGUAAAAUUCACGUUUUUUGAAAAUAAAUUAUAAAUAUUAUAGAUAAUAUUGGCUGAAGAAGUUUUAUUUAAUGCUUGAAUGUUAUGUGUAUAUGUAUAAAUAUAUUUUUAAUUGUUUUUUUAUGUCAAUUUAAUUCCUAGAAAUUGUAUUAACUUUUUUUCCUUUUUCCGGUAUGAAAUAUUUUUUCAACUUGAUGUGUUAUAUUUGUAUUUAUUUAAAUAUAGGUACAUAAACUAUGAUGUUCUAAAUUAUAGUUGUUAUACAAAUUAUUAAGAAAGAUUUUGAUUGUUUUUAUUUAUUUUUUUAUUUAAAUUGUGUCCCAAAUAGAGAAUUUGAUUUAAUACACGUGCUUCAUCAUCUAAAAUUGUAAUAGACUUUAUUUAAAAAAUCGAUAAUUUAAAUUAAGUCUUCCAUUAAGUCUGCAAACAUAUUCUUUUGGUUGAACGUUCAUAUUCCUUGUUUAGGCAACGGAGAUUAAUUGACGAAUCUAUGAUGAUUAAAAUAUACCUUACUUUGACGUCAAAUCGUAUUUCCCUCGAUUUGCGGUCAUACACAGUCGCUCUAUGUCAAAAAUAUUUGCACAGUUCUCAAAAUAAGACUUUGACACUUAAAGUUAACCAUUGAUUUCUUACGCUUACGCGAUAGUGGUUCAAUCAUCAUCAUCUGUGGAGCCUUUUUCCAACUAUGUUGGGGUCGGCUUCCAGUCUAACCGGAAGCAACUGAGUAACAGUAUUUUUUCAUAGAGCGACUGCCCAUCGGACCUCCUCAACCCAGUUACCCGGGCAACCCUAUACCCCUUACGGCCAGUUUCUUCAUCAAAAGUUAAAGUUAAAGUAACGGUCAAAUUCGUUUUUUCAAGGCUAAAGUGACAGCAAAAUUCAUAGAAAAAUUGAAUUUAACCGUUACUUUUACUUUAGACAUUACUUUGACUUUUACUUUGGCUUUAACUUUUGAUGAAGAAACUGCCUGUGAGUAAUGCCAGUUCUAAAAUUUUCUGACUUUACUAAGCCUUAACAACUGUCAAAGAUGUUCGAAUGACAGCAUAAAAUUUUACCAAAUACCGUCAAUUAAUGAUCGUUGCCGUAGAUAUAUUGUUUAAUUGUUUUCCAAGUGUGCACUGAAAAUGAGUAGUAACAAAUAAAUAUGAUCAUAGAAAAA